AUGCACAGGGUUGGACGAUGGUUCGAUCGGGGACGGGCGUCUCUAAACGCCUCGAGCCAGAGCCUGGAUUCGCUAGAGGAAUCUCAAAAUUUGGAAGCAGCUAUGCGAGCUGUUGAGCUUAUCAUGGACGACGACAUCAAGGGCGCUGAAAAGGGGCUGGCUGAAGGCAAUUCAUCCUUCCACAAACUGGCCAAGGGGACGUUGGCAUUCAUGAGGGCCGCUUUGGGCUUCGAGCAGGAAUUUAUGAAAGAGGCCUCCGAGAUGCUGUACGAAGCCGAGUCAAGCGCUUCGGCAAGUCAUUCAAAGGCACAGCACGACUCUCGGUCAUUCAAUUCCACCAUCUACGACAAAGGCACCGAAUUCGUCCUGUGCCAAGCAGAAGCUCAGAUAAUGUCCGCCGUCGUGGCCGUUCUCAAUGAGAGUCUGACUGAAUCCAUACGGGGCUUCUACAAGCUCAGGAAAGCAUAUAUCACCCUGGACAGCAUUGUACAGAUGGAGGCAAACUUUAUGAAGAAGCGACCUGCAAGCAGCUUGUCCCGAGAUCAGUCAAUCGAGAGCCUUCCGUCAUCUGAUUCUGGCAGGUCCGAGCGAUCGACGCAGGAACGGGUUGAAGCUACUGCACCACAGUCAGUCCAGCCGGCUCAUCCCUCUGCUCUGAGGCAUGCUGAAACUGCUGGUGCGGCAGAGAAAGAAGAUUCUGACGACGAAUUUCAUGAAGUGGACGACAGCAACGUAGUGACAGAAGGCUACACAGGGCACCUAGACACGGAUGUGGAAGAUGACGCCCGGACCGAACUCGAUAUCAAGAUCGAGCAGAUGAAUCUCUCGCACCCCUCAAGCGAACUGCACUCCGAGGGCAUGCUGAAGAGAUCGACAACAAUAACUUCAGGAUUGCUCAUCGAAGGGCCAGAGUCCGAUGUCUUUUCCAAUCCUCUUGACGUGUUCAUUCACUCCGGUACGAAUCUUAUGUCCGGGCUCCUGAACCUCCUGAUUUCCAUCAUUCCUCCGGCCUUCACCAAGCUUCUGUACAUUGUGGGAUUCCGUGGGGACCGUGAACGAGGUAUCCGGAUGUUGUGGCAAGCCAGCAGGUUCUCCAACGUCAAUGGUGGCAUGGCCAGUCUGAUUCUCUUCGGCUGGUACAAUGGUAUAGUCGGUUUCUGCGACAUUGUCUCCGACACGGAUGCCUCGAGACCCGACGAUGUGGAGGGCUAUCCUGCGAAACGUCUUGAGAACCUCCUCUUGGAAAUGCGAAGACGAUACCCCAACAGUCAUCUCUGGAUUGUGGAGGAAGCACGAACAGAGGCAUCAAAGAGAAACCUCGACAAGGCCUUGGCCAUCCUCGCCCGUCCAGGCAAGAGCCAGCUCAAGCAGAUCGAAGCGCUGCAUAUGUUCGAGAAGAGUUUAAGCGCCAUGAACGCUCACAAAUAUCAAUUGUGUGCUGAUUCCAUGCUAGCCUGUGUUGACCUCAAUGCUUGGUCUCGUGCCUUGUAUUAUUACAUUGCAGCUUCUGCACACCUUGGCCUUUACCGGCACGACAAGUCCCUAUCCGCCGAAGACAAGGAGAAACAUGCGAAACUGGCGGAAGAGCUAUUCAAGACUGCCCCUACCAAGGUCGGAAAGAAGAAGAUGAUGGGGCGACAGCUGCCCUUCGAUAUGUUUGUUAUGCGCAAGAUCUCCAAGUGGGAAGAGCGUGCAACAAGAUGGGGUUGCAAAAUGGUCGACGCAGUUGGGGUCAGUCCGCUUGAGGAGAUGAUCUUCUUCUGGAACGGCUUCAAGAAAAUGAAUGAAACACAGCUGCAGAACUCCUUAGACAAUCUAGCCUGGUCGGAGACGACGCCGCACUGGAAGGAUGAGGACAUAGAUGAGUAUGCCAUUCUCGACGUCCUGAGGGCUGUCAUUUUCAGAAAUUUGCGCCGGCACGAUGACUCGCAAGAGGUUUUGAAAAAGAAGCUGCUUCACCAAACGGCAUACGAGUUCAAAGGUGGCAACAAAGACGACUGGAUGGCGCCAACGGCCCAUUAUGAAAUGGCUGUCAACCUCUGGAUGCAAAGAACAGGUUACGUCCGGCAACAUGGAAGUAAGUUCGUUCGCGAUCCUGCAGAACAGAUGCCUGCCGCGGAUCUCAAGCACGAUGCAAAGCUAGUGCAAGAAGUCAAGGGGUACUUGGAGAAGGCCAAAGGUUGGGAGAAAUAUGAGCUCGAUGCUCGACUCGGAAUGAAGAUCACGGCAGCUCUUGGUGCAGUGAGAAGGUGGGAGCAGAAGAACGCAGUUGCCUUGAAAUAA